AUGGAGGGAGACAAAGAGAAGAAGAACAAGAGCCACAAGGUCCGGGUGGUGGGCAGCAAGGCUGUAAAGAAGGAAGAAUUUCGCAAGAAGAAGGCAGGCAUAGAGCUUGAGCCAAACCGUGAUGGCAACAGGAAGGCAUUUCAGGGCCCGACAUCAGCUAGUCGCAAAGGACAAAAGCUUCUUCGAAGUCUUGAGAAGCGCGAGACGGCGUUGCAUGUACCUGUGGUGGAUAAGACGCUUCACCACAUUGUCUCGGAGCCACCGCUGCUCGUUGCUGUGGUGGGCCCUCCCGGUGUUGGAAAGUCAACCUUGAUUCGAUCCAUGGUCAAGUUCUACAGCAACCGCAAUGUACAGGCAGUGCGGGGCCCUAUCACAGUGGUGGCAGGUCGCAGUCGUCGUGUGACAUUUAUUGAAUGUCCGAACACACUCACGGCGAUGUGCGACGUCGCCAAGGUGGCGGAUCUCGUCUUGCUUAUGGUUGACGGCAGCUUUGGCUUUGAGAUGGAGACAUUUGAGUUUCUCAAUAUUGCACAGGUUCAUGGGUUUCCCCGCAUGUUUGGAGUAGUGUCCCACCUUGAUCAACUCAAGACUGGUAAGGCACUUAAGAAGCGGAAGAAGUUUCUUCGACAUCGUUUUUGGCAUGAAGUGGCAGCUGGUGCUAAAUUGCUGUGCUUGGCACCCAUGGUGCGUGGUAUGUAUCGUUCUACAGACGUUUUGAAGCUGCACCGACUCCUUAUUUGCGUGGAACCCAAGAUACAGUACUGGCGCAACACACACAGCUGUAUAUUGAUUGAUCGCUAUGAGGAUAUCACAGCCCCACAAAACAUUGUGGAGGAUGCAAACUGCAGCCGCACCAUCGCUUUUUACGGCUACGCACGUGGUAAACCGCUGAAACCGCAACAAGUUGUACACAUUCCUGGCUUGGGGGAUUUUCCGAUUGCACACAUCUCUAAACAAGAGGACCCCUGUGCCAUGGAUGACGUCGGUCGUGGCACUUCACAGGGGCACAAGAUGCGUCAUCUUAGCAUGAAGCAAAAACGUAUCUAUGCCCCCUACUGCAAUGUUAGCGGGGUGAUGUACGAUGAUGACGCCAUCUACAUUCAGGAAGAUGCAGAGAAAGGGAUGAUUGAACGCUCUGGUGAGGGGUUGCAGUACCUAAGAGAAUUGCAACGUGCGAAGCCUAUGGAUGCCGCUGCUGCUGCUUUGGAUGUCGUUCGUCGUCCUGUGGUAUUUCGUGACGAGGACACGAUGGAGCUUGAGAUGGACGAGGUGGAGACGCCUUCAGAUGAUGAUGAUGACGAUGACGAUAGCAGUAGUAGUAGUAGUAGUGGUGGUGGUGGUGGUGGCAAUAAAGAUGUGGAGGGCCGUAUGUUUCGAAAUGACUUGUCUCUGUACGGUCCACAGGAUGAGGAGGAGGAUGAUGAUGCCGCUGAUGUGGUUGACGGUCUUGCGCCACGUGGCCGUAAUGCGCCUGACGCCGUCCGAGAGAAUGUUGUGCGUCAUGAUUGGUCUGAUGCCACGCUGAUCCGUCGCCUGAAGAAUCUCUUUGUCACAGGGGACUGGAGUUAUUCGGCGAAUGCGGAGGGGAACAACGAGGAUGGCGAGGAGGAGUCCCCGGAGAGCGAGGCGAGCAAGGGCUACGAGAGCGAGGACGAAGAGUUUGACGCCAUUGUCCGUGGUGAGAAGUCACACACUUUCUCCAGCGUGCAACCAGAUGAUGGAUGUGAGGAUCACUCCAACGGUGAUGCGGAGUGGAAGGAAGAGGAGGAGAUGGAGAAGCGUGGGCGACAGCAAUUGGACGCAUUAGCAGCCGUGGGUCAUGGGUCGUCAUUGGCGCCCGCGUGGGGGGCAUUCUGGCCAUCCGAUACGACACAUUUUCGUGAUGGCUCGAAGGCAAAUAAAAAGAGGGAACUGCACGAUAAUGACAGUGAUGGCGGUGACUAUGACAUUCUCGCCGAAGAUGACGCGGCGGUGCACAAAUCGGUCUUCGCUGACACGGAACUGGACGAACUCGUAUCAACUUUUUUGGCGCCGCGGCAGGCAGCGACAAAGCCAACCACCUCAGCUGCUGCUUCUGGAGUGGCCCCUUCUCUGCGAAAUGACGAUGACGGUGCCAUCCAGUUCUACGACCCACACCACAGCCGCGCUGAUGGGGACGGCACGAGGAAUUCUAAUAAUAAUAAUAAUAAUGAGAAUGCUGAGGAGGAGGUGGCUGUAUUGGAGGGUAGGACGCUGACCGAAGAACAGGAGCGCCUUUUGCAGAAGAAAAUGGCGAAGAAAAAAGCCUUUGAUGAGUCGUACGACAUGGGCGAUAGGAGCAACACGUACACGCACUACCACCAACUCACCCGUGUCGUUGAGGAAAAGAAGCAACGACUCGAUGCGGCGUUACAGGAGAUGGGUGAGGAUGUUGCGAAAAAAAUUCAACUCGUUGGAUACUUCAGUGGAUUGUACAUUCGCUUUGUGCUUGAGAACAUUCCGGUGGAGUUUGUGCGACUAUUCGAUCCUACCAUACCGAUGAUCGCCGGUGGCGUUAAUGCGAGGGAGGAUCAGUUUCAGAUUGUCCACGCUAGGCUGAAGCGUCACCGCUGGUAUCCAAAGAUCCUCAAGGCCCAGGACCCGCUUUUAUUAUCCAUGGGAUGGCGACGCUUUCAGACGCAGCCGAUUUUUGCCACAGAGGACCCAAACGGCCGUGUGCGUUAUUUGAAGUACACACCGCAGCAUAUGCACUGUGUGGCUGCCUUUUACGCGCCCGUGGCGCCGACUAACACGGGGUUCAUUGCUAUCCCUGUCAAGGAUCAACGAUCUCCAAACUUCCGCAUUUCAUGCACUGGAUACACGCUUGGAAACGAUAAUGCUACAAACAUUGUGAAGAAGCUUAAACUCACGGGAGCACCGCAUAAAAUUAUGAAAACCACAGUGUUUGUCAAGGGGAUGUUUAACAGUGACAUUGAGGCAAGCAAGUUUGUUGGUGCAAAACUCAAGUCGGUGUCGGGCAUUCGUGGUAUUGUAAAGGCAGCUUUCAAGGGAAAGAACGGAUUGGUGCGCGCCACCUUUGAGGAUAAGCUACUUCCCUCGGACAUUGUUUUCUGCAGAGCAUGGAAGACAGUGCAACCACCAAAGUAUUGUUCUAUACAACGUAACCUUGUGGACGCAGACUGGGUGGGAAUGCGCAGUAUGCGAGAGCUGCGUUGGGAACACAAUGUUCCACUUGCCACGAAACGCGAUUCAGAGUACCACGAAAUCAAACGCCGCCAGCGGGGCGACGAGAACUAUGAAGGUGCGGAUUCCGACAAACAUGCUGACAAGGACACCGCAAAGGUCCUCCUCUCUCGUAAUCAAAAGUUGCAGCUUCCGUUUAAUAUGAAGGAGGAAUUCAUUCCGCUCGAGCGCACCACUGCGCUGCAGCAACGUAUCGCCGGUGCUGUUACCGUCGCGCCGGAGCCGCGAGACAUGCGCCGCACCGCUCUGCUUGACGCCUUCACAGACAAGGCAGACGCGAUGCUGAAAAAGAAGGAGGAGGCGAAGAAGAGAACGCGUCUACAGCGUCAACGCGAGUCAGCCAUCGAGGAGGAAGAGUAUCUGCGACAACUCAAGAAGGCGAAGAAGGAGACGGCACGCCUGCGUGAAUUCCGCUCGCAGCAUAAGUCACGCAAGUAA